AACUAUCACAAGCUGCGUCGACUUGUAUAAAUAUAAAUUCUAGUAUAUUACUGUUCUUAACUAUCUGAAGCAGCAUGGUUACCAUGGCAUCUUCUAACAUACUCUCCGAAAAUCUCUUGCGUUACAGCACAUAUUCCAAUUUUCCGGGAUCAUGUCCUGUCUUCGCUUCUCGAUUGUCGUCUGCAGGAUUCAGUUAUGGAGGUAAAGGCGAUAUAGUCACGUGUUCAUCUUGUGGAUUGAAAGAAGGGAAUUGGGAUGGGAUGAAAGUUCCACUGUUGGUUCAUGCACAACAAUCUCCAUCUUGUCCACUAGUACAAAGUCUGUGUAAGACAGAUUCUUAUGUCGAUACGAAAUCGGGUUCAAAAUGUAGCGAAGAUGUGGAACAGUUCGAGACACCAACAUCAGACAAAUAUGACACAUCAACCAACUCUGGAAACUUUUUACUAAAAUGGGAACCGAAACCUUCAAGCAAAGACCUGUCUUCUAAAAAUGACGUGACAAAUCACAAAAACAAUACCGAAAGCAUUUCAGCUAUCAGUUCAGGUUAUGGGUCUUACGAUCGUACUGACGGUUUUGACAGCAACAGUUCCACAGAGAGUGGUAAUUUCGUUCAAAUACCUCCAUCACCGAACAGCUUGCCUUCAUCAUCAUCCAUGAUACCAUACACUAACCCAAGAUAUCCACACAACACCAUAAUGUCUGAAAGAUUGAAAACCUUCAACAACUGGCCGUCUCAUUAUCCACAGUCCCCUGAAAAUUUAGCAAGAGCGGGAUUUUUCUAUACAGGUAUCAACGAUCUAGUCAGAUGCUAUCAUUGUGGAGGUGGUUUGACAAGCUGGGAGGCUGAAGAUAAUGCAUGGGUCGAACACGCCCACUGGUUCCCACAGUGUACAUUCUUACGUCAAAAUAAAGGUGACGAGUUUAUCCAGAUCGUCCAAAGUAUGGUAGAUGAACUGACACAAGAACCAAAUCAACAGGAAAACACUGGUGACGCACUCGGCGUCGGUGCAACCGCUAGCAACUAUAAUACACUCGAAACAGAAACUGACAUCGAAGGACUUAUAUCAGUGAGAAGUGUGAAAGAAAUGGGUUACAGUAUAGACAUUAUUAGACCAGCUUACAAAGAGGCCGUACAUCAACACAAAACAACCGCCAUUUCUGCAGUACAACUUAUGGAAAAGGUACUUGAAAUAGAAGAACGUUCAUCAAGUAUUACCCAGGCAACACCAAUUGAAGGUGCAAGUGCAAAUAUUUCAACUACAGAGAAACCAAACCAAAGUAUCCAAAAUCCUGGAAAAUCACCAGAAGUACCAACUUCAGUACCCAGCUCCGCAGAAAACCAAAUCCCAUGUGUCCAGUACGAAACAACAACAGGCGAAUGCAAAGGCUCUACACAUGGUGAUAUAAGCAACAAAGAUUUACUUCUGUGUAAAGUCUGUUUGGAAGAAGAUGUCAGCAUCGUUUUCCUUCCAUGUGGUCAUCUGGCGACUUGUGGUCAAUGCGCUCCGGCCAUGAAGCGAUGUCCAAUAUGUAGGCAACAUGUCAAAGGAUCUGUGAAAACUUAUCUUUCCUGAUAUUGGAUCAACAACUAGAGGCACCCCAAAGCCUCUCUAAAUAUUCAAAUCUAGCUUGGGUUACUCCAGACAGAAUAGAUGCGCCUCGGUUACUCCAGACAGAAUAGAGGUGGCGUUGUUUGAUUGGAGUGUAAAUGGUAGCAGUCUAAUUGAACAGCAGGAGGAGGAUUUGACAGGCGGUGGAAUUGAACAUAAGGAGGUAUAGAUUUGGCAUGCGGUGGAAUUGAACAUAAGGAUGUAGAUUUGGCAUGGGGUGGAAUUGAACAUUAGGAGGUAGAUUUGGCAUGCGGUGGAAUUGAACAUUAGGAGGUAGAUUUGGCAGGCGGUGGAAUUGAACAUUAGGAGGUAGAUUUGGCAGGCGGUGGAAUUAAAUAGAUGAAUGUAGAUUUGGCAUGCGGUGGAAUUGAACAUUAGGAGAUAUUUUGGCAUACUAUGGAAUUGAGCUUUUUGCUUAUGGUCAAUGUUACAGACCAUAGUUAUCAGCAGUAGAUAAAAUAGACGAAUGCGUUUCCAUCGAGAGAAGAACAUCUAGACUUAAAUAGUUUAAUUUCGUCAUGUAUAUAUGUACAGCAAAGAUCUAAUGAAACUUUAAAACAAUAUUUUGAAAAUCAAUUCAAAAAAUAUAAAAACAGUAUUGCACUAUGUGGAGCAAGACAAUGUAUCUACUGUGUAGAAAGUAUAUUAUUUGUUGAAUACAGAAAAUACAAGUCUAAAAGGUAAUUUAGCCAUGUACUUUUAGAUAAUGUAUCAACGAUGUAGAAAGUAUAUUAUUUGUUGAUUACAGAAAAUACAAGUCUAAAAGGUA